AUGUGGAAAUUUUACAAAAAAAAUAACAGUGCAGCUGCCAAAAAUGACAUUUUACAAAUUGCAAAAGUCUUUCUUAAUGAAAAAAUAAAUGUCUAUAUUUUGAACAGUAAUAGGACCAGAUACAUUCCUAAAAUUAAUGAAGAAUUCCUCUAUAACCAUGUAGAUUCUAUUACUAUUUGUAAUGAAAAUAAUUGUCAGGGAAUACUCCUAUCACUGACAAAUAUCAUAUACCAUGUAUAUCGGCUUGAUGAAGCAGGCUCUCAAGCUGAAACUAUUGAGGAUUAUGAUGAUGAUACUGGAAGUGAAUUAUCAACAGCUAACCAUUGGGUGCUGCCAUCAGUGGAUUUCCAUGGUCUUUGGGAAAGCUUGAUAUAUGAAAUUGACAUAAAAGAAAAUUUGUUAAAAUUUGUAGAGAGUACUCUGUUAUUUUCUGAUAAAAAUGUGGAUUCAAAUAUAAUAACAUGGAAUCGAGUGGUACUUCUUCAUGGGCCUCCAGGCACUGGCACUGGCAAAACUAGUCUCUGCAAAGCUCUCGCAUAA